AGUCAUCCGUGCGCCAGUGGAGUCGGUCAAUUACUGAUGCACAGAGGAGGCAGGCAAAUCUUAAAUAGCAUUGAAUAUGGGGCGUAAGGAGGGCUCAUGGAUCCUACCGUUGGUUCUGGUGGGUUUGUUACAACCUUGUUUUGGCGAAUCGUUAAAAGAGAUCAGGUCUGCACAGGCACACUAGCAGUGGAACGGCGAAGAGCAAAUCAAUGUGUUGACUGCACGUGUGGCCUUUUUAUUGAUUUAACCUGUGAGGUCUGUGACCCAUCUAUUCAUGGAACCAUCUACAACUACAAAGCAAACACAUUGAACGGGACUCGUACCGUGUCCUUCAGCGAGUACAAAGGGAAGACUGUCCUCUUUGUCAACGUGGCCAGUUACUGAGGGCUAACCUUCCAGUACUUGGAGUUGAAUGCACUACACCAGGAACUGAAGGAUUAUGGCUUCACCAUCCUAGGCUUUCCCUGCAAUCAGUUUGGCUUACAAGAACCAGGGAAAAGUCAUGAAAUUUUGCCAACUUUAAAGCAUGUUAGACCGGGCAAUGGAUUUGUUCCAAACUUCCUGUUGUUGGAGAGAGGCGAUGUGAAUGGUGAAGAUGAACAGAGUGUCUACACUUUCCUAAAGGCGUCCUGCCCUCCAGUAGGGGACAGCUUCGGGAACCCAACCAACCGGCUCUUCUGGGACACCCUGAAGAUAAGCGACAUCAAGUGGAACUUUGAGAAGUUCCUAGUGGGCCCAGACGGGAAGCCUGUGAUGAGAUGGUAUCCCAGGGUAAAUGUGUCCGAAGUCCGGACUGACAUCUUCAAAUACUUCCGCCAACUCCUCUCACAGCAGAACUUCAACUAAAGGAUACAGGACCAGAACUGGGAAUGUGUGAAGUGUGUACACCUCCCUCCCCGAAUGUUACGUGGGCACUAUACUUUGAUCUUUGUCAAAACCGUUUCUUUUUUACCUUCCUAAACUAGGAUAAAACCUUAAAACUAUACUGUAUGUUUGUCGUGCAGCACAACAAAGUGAACCUAGCAGCUGCUUCUUGUCAUAUCACUGCAGGUGGCAGGUAACAGAUGUAGGUCCUAGUAGUCUGCAUGCUGUAUGACGGUGGGGCUUGAAAACAGUUCUUCUGUGGUGCCUUGCCCGAGUUUAGGAUCCAGGUGAGCUUGUUAGUGCAUUCAGGCUCUCUGUGGGAUCCCGAAGCCAUGCCACCUUCUACAGACACUCCUGUUACCUGUUACACAGUAUAUGCUUAUUACACUUAAUAAAUCAUGAAAUCACAAAAACAAA